AUGUACAAUGAUUUCAUCAAAUUGUCACAAAUCACAGGCGAUGAAUCCUUAGUGACUUUCAUGAAUAGUAAUUGGAACCAAGCAAUGUUGACAUUUAUUCAAGAGUUAAAAACGUUGAUAUCUUCGUUGAAUUUAGAAUCAGAUAUUAACAUGGAAGACGAGAUUUUGGAUGAUUACAAUCUAAAUCAAUUGAGUUUGGUUUACAAAUGGUUUCAAGAUUUGAGCGAAACAAAGCAAUUUCGUCAAACUAACUUCAAAAAAUUUCAGCAAUUGGUUAUUGACUUGGUCGAUUUUGCCAACAACUGGUUAUUACAACUCAUAUUCACCAUUGAUGACAUUAGUGAGAACCAGUGCAUGUUGUACAAUCUCCUUAUUGAAAAUUUGAAUAAUAUAACAAUUCCAAUCUUGGGUGAGAUUGGCGUGUCAAAGAACUCAAUGGAUUCAUUCAACAAGAUGAACAAUGUCCGGUUUUUGUUGAAUAAUCAUUUGAAAGAUAUUAUGGAUCGAUUCUAUCAGGGUGAGUUGUUUGAUUUAAGUACUGACGAAAUGGUGAGUUUGAUAAAGAGCAUAUUCAUCCAAAGUGAAAUUAGAGACAACUAUAUCAAUGAAAUUAUUGAGUUUAGAAACAUGAGUUGA